AGUAGCUAGAAAUUACUCAGGUGUCCUCAUUAUCUGUUCUUUCUUGUCAGCUCUGAUACUUGAAAUAGUAUGAGAGUGGAAGGUAUUCCUGCCCAUUGUAGGCGGGUUGGAACUAGAUGAUCUUUGAGGUCCCUUCCAACCCAAACCAUUCUAUGAUUCUAUGCCAUGUUACUGUUUUUUAUAUAAUAGUUUAGGAUUCUGCAUGUACAAUACAAAAUCUAGGUGCCAUUUUCUGUGGUGGUCUAACCGGGUAGGUAGUCUGCUAAAGUAAAAGGUUAGCACAGGCUGAUCAUACAGUUACCACAAGUAGCUUCCAUUUAAGCAUGAGAAGCUGUGGCAAUUUCAACACUCUCUGGAAGCGAUUAAGUAGAAGAGAUGACUGUAGUUGGAAGAAACUAAAACUCCAAAGAGUCACAGAGAGUGGUGAUAGUACAAUGGUACUGACAUUUUAAACAUGAAUUUGUAUGGAAGUUUUAAAUAACCCAGAAGAAUUAUUUCAGUCAGUGACAAAUAUGGUGUUUCAUAUAUAUAUCAAUAAUGGAAGUGGCAUUGCCUUUCUAAAAGCAAGAUACUGAAAUUAUGUUGCUGACAGAUUUAUUUUUUCUUAAUGUGCAAGAAUUUUUCAUUUUAACUUUCUGUCAAAACUUACAUAUUUAUUAAUAAGUUAAUGUCUUACUUGCCAAGAGUCUUGCUAUAUUUCUGUUGUUCAAAAGGUUAUAGUGCUAGCUUUAUUCACUGCAUCACAGGAUACUUGUAGUGAGAAAGCAUCACUGGAUACUGCCUUGUCCAAUCCCCCUGCUUGCAGCAGGGCCACCUGCAGCAGCUCAGGGCUGUGUCUGGUUGGGUUUUAACUGUCUCCAAGGAUGGAGACUCCACAACAAUUUGGGCAACUUGUUCCAGUACUUAAAUGCCCUUAGAAUAAUAAAAAAAAUUUUUCUUACAUUUCAGUGGCAUUUUCUGUAUUUCAGUGUGUCCAUUUCAUCCUGUAUUUCAAUUUGUGUCCAAUACUUUUUCUCAGAGCAGUGCUUACAAAUAGUUAAAAUAAGGUUAGUUAUUGUGAUAUCAUAAUGACAAAUUUUGCUUACUGGACAAGAAAAGGAAGGUAAGUUAAUCGUUGAUGAAAGGACAAAGGUUUUGAUUUAUGGUAUUUACUGUCUUACAUACCAAGUUGGUUUGAAAUUCUGUCCAUGCAACUUCUGACUGGAGAACAACAUGGGCUGGUUUUUUGUUCCUGUGCUCCUAACUUGGCUUCUUCUUCAGGUGGUCUGGAGUCAGCCUGCUCCAGAGACAACUGAACGAGAUGUAGAUGGAGGAAUUGAUCAAGACAUCUUUGACAUCAAUGAAGCUUUAGGACUGAACCUUUUUGAGGGAGACAUCAAACUUAACAGGGCACGAAACUCCAUCAUUGGUGACAAAUAUCGGUGGCCCCAUGUUAUUCCCUAUGUCCUUGAUGAUAGCCUAGAAAUGAAUGCUAAGGCACUCAUCCUCAAGGCAUUUGAACAGUAUCGACUGAAAACCUGCAUUGACUUCAAACCUUGGGAAGGGGAGAAGAAUUACAUACAUGUGUUCAAAGGAAGUGGCUGCUGGUCCUCAGUGGGAAACCUCCAAAGGGGGUUGCAGGAACUCUCCAUUGGAGCUGGCUGUGACAGGAUCGCGACAAUCCAGCACGAGUUCCUGCACGCCCUGGGAUUCUGGCAUGAGCAGUCACGGUCUGACCGGGAUGACUAUGUGUCCAUCAUCUGGGAGAGGGUUCUGUCAGGUAGAGAACAUAAUUUCAACAAAUAUGAUGAUAAAAGAUCAGACUCCCUGAAUGUCCCUUAUGAUUAUACUUCUGUGAUGCACUAUAGCCAGAAUGCAUUCAGGAACGGAACUGAACCCACCAUUGUCACUAACAUACCAGACUUCAUGGACGUUAUAGGACAGCGAAUGGAUUUCAGUGAUUAUGAUCUCCAGAAACUGAACCGGUUGUACAAUUGCUCCUCCUCCCUGAGUUUCAUGGACACAUGCAGUUUUGAGCUUGAAAAUAUAUGUGGCAUGAUUCAAAGUUCAGAUGAUAACAGUGAUUGGCAGCGUUUGUCUCACGUUCUUGCUGGGCCAUAUACUGAUCACACUAAUAUGGGAGAAUGUGAAGAUUCUGGCUACUUCAUGCAUUUCAACACCAGCACUGGAGUAGAGGGAAGCACAGCUAUCCUGGAGAGCAGAAUUUUGUAUCCCAAAAGGGGUUUUCAGUGCUUACAAUUCUAUUUCUAUAACAGUGGUCAUGAAAGUGAUUGCCUGCAUGUCUGGGUCAGGGAGUAUACUUCAGCCCAUCCGAAUGGCACUUUGAGACUCAUUGAAGAGAUAAAAGGUUCACCUGCGGGUUACUGGCAGCUCCAUCAUGUUUCUUUGAAUGUCACAAGUAAAUUCCGGGUUGUGUUUCAAGGCAUGAAAGGAAGUGGCUUAUCAAACGGAGGCCUCUCUAUUGACGACAUCAACUUGUCAGAAACUCAGUGUCCCCACCAUGUCUGGCAUAUCAGAAAUUUCACGCAUCUCCUCAAUACAAGUCCAGCAGGGAGAUCAGGACGAAUAUACAGUCCACCCUUUUAUUCAAGUGAAGGGUAUGCUUUUCAGGUCAGCUUAUAUGUAAAUGGUACCACUGAUAAUCCCUUUAAUUUGGCAAUUUACUUCCACUUGAUUUCUGGAGCAAAUGAUGAUCAGUUGCAAUGGCCCUGUGCAUGGCAACAAGGUACCAUGAUUCUGCUCGACCAGCAUCCUGAUAUUCGUCAACGGAUGUCAAACCAAAGAAGUAUAACAACAGACCCUCUGGAAUUAUCAGAGUCUUCGUCAACAUAUUUUUGGGAUAGGCCAGAUAAAGUGGGAUCCAUAGCAACUUUUCCUAAUGGAACUACAUUCAUGAGAGGUCCAGGAAGUGGAACAAGUGUAUUUUUAACUCAUCAGAGACUUAGAAGCCGCAACUUUAUUAAAGAAGAUGGCAUUUAUAUUCUUUUAACAAUGGAAGAUAUAUCAGAUCUACUAUCAACUCAGCCAAGUGUUUCACCCACCCAUAUUGUGAAUACGCCCAGUGCCAAUACCAUCAAAUCUACCUCUAUCACCACUGUUACCACCAAGCCCACAGCUACCACCAAGCUCACAGCUGCCACCACUAAGCCCACAGCUACGACCAAGCCUACCACCGCGACAACACCCACCACAACAGCCUCUGUCACCGAAAAGCCAGAGAUAGAGACUCCAGAUUUCUGUCCAGACAACCCUUGUGAAAAUGACGGUGUCUGUGUUAUUGUAGACAGAGCACAGGUGUGCAGGUGUCCCGCAGCUGACAACUGGUGGUACAUGGGAGAAAAGUGUGAAAAGAAAGGCACAACUCAAGAAAAUACUGUAAUAGCUGUUUCUUCAACCAUGGCUGUAUUUGUUGUAAUGCUUAUUGUCACUAUCACAACUGCAGUGUGCCUUAAAAAGAAAUAUAGCCAAAGAAAGGAAAAUGGGGAGAACCUGACUCUAGAGACUAGAACAGCCUUCUGAAGAUAAUGCAAACAAGCAUCAAAGACACAAGACGAACAUCACUUGAAAACCACAACUAUGUCAUUGUUCUUUCUUUUAUUUUUAUUUUAACCAUCAUGAUAAAGGCUUAUAAAGUCUGGAAAAUAAUUCAUCAUCUGGAUAAAAUACUGCACUAAAGUCAGUGAGUGUCUGACAGUGUUGUGUAUUGCCGUGCAAUGGAGCAAAAUGAGAAUAUAUUGUAUGACAUGCCUUUAAGUCUACCGGAACGUGAAGAAAACAUGUAAAACUGCCUCCUGACUUUCAAUCAGCACAGUGAAGUCUAGGUUGCUAUCUUAUCAUCAUACAGAUGUCUAUAAUAAAUGGGAGUCGGACCCUGUAA